UUGAAAAAGUUUUGAAAUCUCUUCCGACUUCAAAGCGGAGCUCGCGCAAUUUGAUCACUGCGAAAGCUAAGCAGCUUCGAUCCAGUUAUGGCGUCACCGACUAUACAGAGCUUCGAGUAUGAGGAGAUGCCCACUGUUACGGCUUCCCCUUCACGUCGUGUACAAGAACUUUUAGCUUUGUGCUCCAGUUCAAUUGAAAUUGGAGGAUCUCAAGACUUGGAGAGCUUGGUGACGGAUCUUGUCAACUGUCUGAAUUCUUUGUCCGAGAACGUAGCUUCGGAUGCUAGCGAUGAACUGGAGAAUGAUGUUAUUCAAGUUCUAGCUGAAAUUCUAAAGUUUGUAUCAUCUCCUCAAUUGGAUCAGGAUGUGAUAGAUGCACUGUCAUUUGAAUUGCCAAAAGUAAUUUCCAAGUUUGCAGACGUAUCAAGCAGAUGCCUAGAAUUAGUUGAGGAAAUCGUCGAUCGAUUUGUGGAAGCAUGCAGUCCACGGGACAUGCUUUCAAUUCUUUGUGAGGCACUUGAUGCUGCGCGGUGCUUUCUUUCACCCUCCAGUUGUUCUACUCCUUUAUUACAUGGGCUCUCUAAAGUUUUUAUUUCGGUUCAGAGGCGUCACUACGAACAACUAAAAGUAGCAGUGCCAGUUGUCCUGAACGCCUUGAAGGACAUUUCAUUGGAAACAGACGUGCAAGUUGAACAUCUAUUAGAUGAAGCUCUACGCAUUGCCAUAUCAAUUCGAGAUGUUUCUUCAAAACUGAAGAAUGAAGAAGGCACAAAAGUCCGAUGUUUACUUGGUCUCUAUGUGAUACAGAUAACGGCUAUUCUUUCAGUUAGCAUCAGAGACAAAGUGGCCUCUUGUGUUCCAUUGGUGGUGCAGUUAAAACCUUUCUUGAUAUACUGUGGUUUAACACAUCUUGGUUUAAUCACGGGGAACGACACUGAAAAGUUAAUGAGCGCGGUUGCUGGAGAUGAUGAUGAUGAUUUCAUCAGCUUUUUCCCUGACAUCAAGUUGGGUGCGUCACUUUUAUUCAUCUGGGCGAAACUCUCACCGGAGGUUGCUGAUGCGGCUUUAAGGAAUGAUGUAGAUGAGCUUCGAAGCAAUCCAGUGAAAAGGUGGCAAGCUUAUGGGAUGUUGAAAUAUAUACUCUCUUCUGGAGAUCUGCUAUGGGAAUUCAAAAGACACACUAUCGAGUUUUUGCUUGACAUAACAAAAGGACCUUCAUCUCAAAGCAACGAUGAGCAAAUAGAUUGCUCGCAGUACACACCGAGCAUCUACGCUGCUUUACAGGCUGUUAUAUUAGUGAUCGUGUAUGCCCCAGACGCAGGUCUGAGGAUGAAGACAUUUGAGGCACUGAAGAGGAUUCUUUCUGAUAUCCCAGCUCCUCAGAGGUUUGACGUUUUAAGAGCCCUUGUCACAAAUUCCCAGUCUCCCUCGAUGACAGCGAUCCUUCUGGAUCUAGUUAAAUACAACAUGAGCAGAAGCAGCUUGGAAGCUACAGAUUGUGCGACUGCUGAUACUCAUGUUAUUGAGCUAGUGGAGUUGGUCUUAAAGCCUCCACAGGGGGGUCCUCCACUCCUUCCGGACCAGAGUGAUGCGGUUUCGGCAGCACUGAACCUCUACAGGUUUGCAUUGAUAUAUGAAUCGAGAGCAGGUGAAGCAGGUAAAGAGAGAAGCAGAGAAGGCAGUGAGGUUUUGUCAAAGAAGAAUCUGGAGAAAGCCUAUAAGGAAUGGCUUAUGCCUCUUCGAAAUGUUUUGAGCUGCAGCAUCGCCAACCUCGAAGGGGAUCACGGCGACGAAUCUUCACUCGAGGUUGUAUGCCAUCUUAGCCGAAUUGAAUCGGUUCUAUAUCGAUGCAUCGAGCUCGUGGAAGAAAAGUUGAAAAGCCACUAAUUCUGUCAUUUGCCUGCAACUUUUGUUAUAACAAAUUUAAUCUUGGCACUUUGCUUGUAAUUUCAUUUAUUUCCAUAUUAUUAAAGAAGGGGAUGCAAAAAA